CAACUUGCUAAUGAAUUUAAGCCCAUUAGGGCUUUAGAUCGCAAUUGACGUACGUAUAAAUCUACAUUUGUUCAGAACAGCGCCUCAGGGUUUGGAGCUUGCUCGUCGGUCUGCACGAUUCCAUCUGCUAAAAUGCCGAAGCAGAUUCAUGAGAUAAAGGAUUUCCUUCUGACAGCUAGAAGGAAGGAUGCACGUUCUGUGAAGAUCAAGAGAAGCAAAGAGGUGGUUAAGUUCAAGGUUAGGUGCUCAAAGUACUUGUACACCCUCUGUGUGUUUGAUCCGGAGAAAGCUGACAAAUUGAAGCAGUCCCUUCCUCCUGGUUUAAGUGUGCAAGACCUGUGAGUACGCCACCCAGAAAGAAUUUUGGUUGUUUUUUUCUUGCAACAUGUGUUUCCAGAAAAUUGGUUGAAAGAUUUCUCUAAAUGAAAUUUUGGACAUGUUUUGUAGUAAAUCAGAUUCUACAAUUUUGGUUUAUUA